AUGCCGCCGAAGAAAAUAUUUAGAUUCGAGAAAAAUCAGUUGAAUUUGUUUCAUUUCGUAAGUAAGACUGACGGUAACAACAAUCCAGUUGACCCAAAAGAUAUUCUUGUGGCCACACCAUUAAAAUCCACAGAAAGUCAUAAAGACGAUCUAGUUUCGGAUGAUCAAAAUUCGGGCACAGUAAUCACUGACAAAAAAUGUUGGGAUCGUUGGGUCAAAAGCUAUCCAUGGUUAUAUCAAGAAGAUGGCAAAAUGUUUUGCAAGUAUUGUAAAAUUAAUGGGAAAAACAACUCUCUGACUAAAGGAUGCACACAUUUCCGCACAAGUACACUGUACCGACAUGAAGUAAUUGAUGACCAUAUUCAGUCAGUAGCAACCCCAUCACUUGCAGAAAACUUUCAAUUAGCAGUAAGUAAAGCCUUUUCGAAGGAAGAUGAGGCAAUGGUAAAAAUGAUUAAAACUGUUGUUUGGCUGGCAAAGGAAAACUUGCCAUUGUCAAAGUUUGAGAGUCUUGUAAACUUUUUAAACUCUGUUGAUGUACCUGGUCUUGAAGCACUUGAAUGUUCAGAAAAGGUGAAUUACAAGAGCUAUUAUACUGCAAAUGAGAUUCUAUCAGCAAUCGGAGACCAUCUAGACUGUAUAAUUAAUCAAAAGUUGCAUCAGUCGCCAUGUGUGGCGGUUCUUGCAGACGAAAGUACUGAUAUAGCAAAUAAGAAAAGAAUGACCAUUAAUGCUGUGGUAAUUGAUCCUGAAACUUCUUGUCCCAAUACUAUCUAUUUAAGAAAUGUGGAAUAUGAAGAUGGCACUGGUGUGGGCCUUGCAAGUGUAAUUGUGGAUGAAUUUUACAGACGGAACAUUUCAUUUGACAAGAUACUAGGUUUUGGCUCGGACGGUGCCAGUGUAAUGACAGGGUCUGACAGGGGAGUCAAAGGCAUACUUCUACGAAAGCAACCGCACAUGAUUCACAUACACUGCAUGGCUCAUCGCCUUGCUCUGUGCACAAGUCAGGCUGCUGAAUCUGUGCCCAACAUCUGCGAGUAUCAACGUUUCUUGACAAACCUGUUCUACUAUUUCAAGGCUUCUCCAUCCCGUGAACAGGAACUUCAUCAAGUACAGGCUAUUCUCAACCAUCCGGGUUGCUGCCAAAGAUCCUAA